AUGCCUCCCACUGGGGGAUCCCAAGAACGUCUGUCUGAUAUUAAGGCAGAAGAUAUAGAGGAAGAAGAAGAGACGUAUGUGAUGGAUAUAAAGGCAGAAGAUAUAGAGGGAGAAGAAGAGACGUAUGUGACUGAUAUAAAGGCAGAAGAUAUAGAGGGAGAAGAAGAGACGUAUGUGACUGAUAUAAAGGCAGAAGAUAUAGAGGGAGAAGAAGAGACAUAUGUGACUGAUAUAAAGGCAGAAGAUAUAGAGGGAGAAGAAGAGAAGUAUGUGACUGAUAUGAAGGCAGAAGAUAUAGAGGGAGAAGAAGAGACGUAUGUGACUGAUAUGAAGGCAGAAGAUAUAGAGGGAGAAGAAGAGACGUAUGUGACUGAUAUAAAGGCAGAAGAUAUAGAGGGAGAAGAAGAGACGUAUGUGACUGAUAUAAAGGCAGAAGAUAUAGAGGGAGAAGAAGAGACGUAUGUGAGGGGUGAUCAGCAGUGUAAGGAGGAGGAGAUCCCUACAGAUAUCAGCACAGCAGAUGGACACACAAGCAGGAAUAUCUCAGAAGGAUAUCUAAUGUUAUCCCCGGAUUGCGAAAUAAGAGAUAAUGACAGUAGACAGGAUUCUCCAGGAGAUAACCCCAUUACCCCAAUUAUACAUCUAGCUCUAUCAGCUGGUCCCCCUGAUCCUAGGAAAUGUUCUCCUGAUCACUCUGAUAUUGGUGCAUCUGUUACAGCUCUGAGAGUAGAUACAGAGUUUCCAUGUGCUAUAGAUGCCAAAUGUGUUACACAGAAUACAAAGCCUAUUAACCCACACACAGGUAAGGCAGGUGGAAGGCCACUGAUAUGUUCAGAGUGUGGGAAAUGUUUUACAAAGAAAUCAUAUCUUGUUAUACAUCAGAGAAGUCACACAGGUGAGAAGCCAUUUCCAUGUUCUGAGUGUGGGAAAUGUUUUGCAUACAAAUCAUAUCUUGUUAGACAUCAGAGAAGUCACACAGCUGAGAGGCCAUUUCCAUGUUCUGAGUGUGGGAAAUGUUUUGCAUACAAAUCACAUCUUGUUAAACAUCAGCAAAGUCACACAGGCGAGAAGCCAUUUCCAUGUUCUGAGUGUGGGAAAUGUUUUGCACACAAAUCAGAUCUUGUUAUACAUCAAAGAAGUCACACAGGUGAGAGGCCAUUUUCUUGCUCUGAGUGUGGAAAAUGUUUUAUCCAGAAAUUACAUCUUGUUAUACAUCAAAGAAGUCACACAGGUGAGAAGCCAUUUCCAUGUUCUGAGUGUGGGAAAUGUUUUGCACACAAAUCAGAUCUCGUUAGACAUAACAGACAUCACACAGGUGAGAAGCCAUUUUCUUGCUCUGAGUGUGGGAAAUGUUUCGCACUCAAAUCAGAUCUCGUUUUACAUCAGAGACAUCACACAGGGGAGAAGCCAUUUCCAUGUUCUAAGUGUGGGAAAUGUUUCGCAAACAGAUCAGAUCUUAUUAAACAUCAGAGACGUCACACAGGUGAGAAGCCAUUUCCAUGUUCUGAGUGUGGGAAAUGUUUCGCACACAGAUCAGAUCUUAUUAAACAUCAGAGAUGUCACACAGGUGAGAAGCCAUUUCCAUGUUCUGAGUGUGGGAAAUGUUUUGCACGCAAAUCAUAUCUUGUUAUACAUCAGAGACGUCACACAGGUGAGAAGCCAUUUCCAUGUCCUGAGUGUGGGAAAUGUUUUGUACACAAAUCAGAUCUUGUUAUGCAUCAGAGAAGUCACACAGGUGAGAAGCCAUUUCCAUGUUCUGAGUGUGGGAAAUGUUUCGCACACAGAUCAGAUCUUAUUAAACAGAGAUGUCACACAGGUGAGAAGCCAUUUCCAUGUUCUGAGUGUGGGAAAUGUUUUGCAUACAAAUCACAUCUUGUUAUACAUCAGAGACGUCACACAGGUGAGACGCCAUUUCCAUGUCCUGAGUGUGGGAAAUGUUUUGUACAUAAAUCAGAUCUUGUUAAACAUCAGGGACGUCACACAGGUCAGAGGCCAUUUCCAUACAUAAUUCAGCACAAUAGAAAUCACUCAGGUGAUAAACCAUUUUAA